UUUCCAUAGUUAAGUGACUACUAAUGUAGUUUACCUAUUUUAAUUCUCAAUUCCGAAAGCAACGUAUCCAUAAAUGUACUUUAUAUUUUACAGUACUAUGAAGAAAUUGGUAAACCAACACCAAAGGUUGAAGUAAUGAAAUACCUAAAGAAUAAACAGUACACUGAUGCCAAGGAUUUCGCAGGGGAAUGUGAGCCCGUCGUCGUGAUUGCCAAAGGACAAAGUGUGCAAGGGACAUGCAAGUACGGUACUCGGGUUGAUUACAUACUAGCAUCUCCGAAUUCGCCGUACAAAUUCGUUCCGGGUUCGUAUUCGGUAUUGUCUUCAAAAGGGACUUCAGAUCAUCACAUAGUGAAAGUCGACGUAGUAAAAACAGAUGAAAAUGUCAAAGAAAAUGGCAGCAGGAAGCGACGGCAACAACCGAAACAGAGAGUCGUGAAGAUUACAGCAGACAGUUCUCCAUCAAAAAGCAUAUGGAAAACACAUACAUGACGGGAAAUUUAUAAUUUGCUUUAAAUAAUUUUGAAAUAGAAACGAUAGGGUUAUAUUGGUAAAAUUAUCA